AAGUUCCAAGAGAUCAGACUGCUGUAGCAAUGGGCAAUAGAGCAGAUUUUGUGGUCGCGUUUCUCCUAAGGGCUAUAUACGGAGGCAUGCAGAUAGUAACCAAAAACGCUUUCAAUGAAGGCAUGAGCACGACUAUCUUUGUUUUCUACAGGCAUUUGGUUGCUGUUCUCUUCUUGGUGCCAGUUGCUUUUGUUCUCGAAAGGAAAACUGCUCCAGCACUUUCAUUUAAAGUCUCUCUGAAGUUAUUUGUGCAUGCGUUAUACGGGAUUUCUGGAGCAAUAAACAUAUAUGGCCUUGGUCUAAGUUAUGUCUCAGCAACAUCAUCAUCUGCAAUAUUUAACCUCCUGCCAGCAGUGGCUUUCUUUCUGGCUGUUCUUUUGGGGAUGGAGACUUUGAACUUGAAGAGGUUCCACGGGAUUGCAAAAGUUUGUGGCAUACUGUUCAGCCUUGCUGGCGUCAUUGUACUUGCAUUUUACCAAGGACCUGAAAUGAAAUCAUUCAACCACCACCAUCUUUUUCAUCAUGUAAGUAACUUUCAUGGUGGGGGUACUGCUCAUCCUACAAGGACUUGGAUACUAGGAAUUUUUCUGACGACUUUAUCAACUACAUCUUGGGCUCUUUGGACAGUUCUUCAGGGACCGAUGUUGGAAGCAUAUCCAUCUAAGCUGCUCAAUACAACUCUCCAGAUGAUCUUUGCAACAAUUCAAUGCUUCUUUAUCGCCCUAGCGGCUGAGAGAGAUUUUGCAAAAUGGAGACUAGGACUUGACGCACGUCUUAUUGCUGUGGUGUACUCUGGCAUACUUGCUUCGGGAGUUGCAUAUUAUAUGCAAGUAUGGGUGAUUGACAAGAGCGGACCUGUUUUCUUGGCCAUGACAAUGCCAAUAACCCUGCUUGUCACAUUAAUUCUGUCUUUGUUUCUCGGUGAAGCAGUUACUGUGGGAAGCAGUAUCUUAGGUGGAGUAAUUAUGGUUGGUGGUCUGUAUAGUGUUCUUUGGGCAAAGAGAUCUGAGCAUGUAGAUGUCAGGAAGCAACAAAUGGCUGCUCCAGCAGAGGCAGCAGAAGUUUAGAUCAUACUAGCGAUUCAGUUUGUACAUUCAAUGGUAGUCUCAGGCUGGUUUGUAUUUUGUAGUUACUGAAAUUGAGAGAAUUUUGAAGUUAUGUUACCUUUUUUCUUCCAGUACUGCCAUCUCUUGUUCAAGGAUUCAAGGUUCAAACUAGUGUGUUAUAAACUGUUGGUGCAGUAUUAUUGCACAAUUCCUUCU